UAUAAAUGUUUCCGUAAGGAGUCCUAAUAUUCAAAAAAGAAAAAAUUUGCCAUGGAUGUGGACCAGCUGACGUACGACAUUCAACAAGAGAGACCGCAUGGUUGUGAAAUAUGUGGUAAGAGAUUCAAGAAAGGAAAUCAGCUCAGACAGCAUCUCAUCAUCCACAAACCCCUCGAUAAACGUCCGUACAGUUGUUACAUCUGUGAGAAAACUUUUAACCGAUCUCAUCACCUGAAGCUUCACGUGAUUGCUCACACCAAACAGAGUCCAUACAGAUGCGAGAUAUGCGGCCGGGGCUGCAACCAAAUGAGCAAUCUGAGAAGGCAUCUGCAAACUCACGAGUCUGAAAGAAAUUUUGCAUGCGAAUACUGCGGGAAGACGUAUGUCGAAGAAACGGGUCUCCAGAGACACUUGUUGAAGCAUACGCAGAGAAAUGUCUAUCAGUGUGAUUCUUGUGAUAAGACUUUUUACAAAGCCGCAAAUCUGGAAAAGCAUUCCUUGCUCCAUAGCGGCGAUAAGUCAUUUUUGUGCCAUUUAUGUAAUAAAGGCUUUGUGAGGGAGAGCAGCUUGAAGCAGCAUCUGGCCACUCAUGCGGACGAGGAACCACACAGCUGUGAUGUCUGUGGCCGCCGUUUCAAGAGGUUGGGGAACUUCGAAAACCACCUGAUUACACAUACCGGAUACACUCCCCACGUCUGUGACAUUUGUGGGAAGAAAUUCUUGCAAAUUGGAAGUUACAGGCGACACUUGAGAACGCAUUCGGACGUCCUCAAAGGUGCUACUAAGAUAAGCUUGGACAGGGGAGAUUCGGAUAUGUAUCUCUUGCAGGAGGAUGAGGAGGAGGAGGAAGAUAGCCCCGAGAUGCUGUCCCCAGACAUCUCCAUCAGAGAGUAUGACGCCGAUAGCAUGAUGUAUAACAAUGUCGAAGGCGAUACCCUCAUGAUUGGUGAGCCCGACGAUCAAGGUAACGUUACGGUUAUUAGUUCUGCUUGUUCUAUGGAAGAUAUUCAGAGUUUAAGCCAAGAUGGGAAGGAGUAUUAUUUGAUUGAAGUUAAGGAUUGUUCUACAGAAAAUGAAGGAGCUGUUACAACAAAACCUUUUGUGCAGACUCUUUGAAUUCUGUUUUGUUAUUAUGUUGAAAGUUUGUUUUGUUUCAAUAAAAUAAG